AUGGAGUUUGGACCGAUCUGUGCUCAAGAGGAAGGUUCCUUUCCGGGCUUCGGACAUAACAGCAUUUCAGAAGACUGCCUUUAUCUCAAUGUGUACGCCCCAUUGUCCACUCAGUGCAACGCCCCGCUGCCCGUGAUGGUGUGGAUACAUGGUGGUGGGCUGUUUCAAGGGUCCAGCAGCGAUUACGACCCGAGCGCUCUUGUUAAGGAGGGAAAGGUGAUUUUUGUUUCUUUCAACUACCGAGUGAACCUCUUUGGCUUCUUCUCUCACCCCGCCAUCAACCAAGAGAAACAUGACCGUGGAAAUUACGGAAUUAUGGAUCAGCAAGCGGCCCUGCGAUGGGUGCAGCGCAACAUUGACAGAUUUGGCGGGGAUAGCAACAACGUCACCAUCUUCGGAGAAUCGGCCGGAGCAAUAUCUGUGGCCGCGCAUAUUGCAUCGCCGGCCUCGACAGGCCUCUUUCACAAGGCCAUCAUCCAGAGUGGAGGCUCGCCAAUAUCGUUCCCUCAUCCGUCUGUGGAGUCCUUCGAAGACACUGGAGUCGCACUCGCAGCGGCCGCCAACUGCAUCGAUCAGUCCCCUUCUGGGCUCCGCGCAUUGUCUGCAGCACAGCUCUUGGCAGCCAAUUCCGUCCCCAACGGCGAGUUUGGCACGACAAGGUUUCCCUUUGGCUUGAUGGAAGACGGGGCCAUUAUCCCUCGCAACUUGCGACAACGGUUUCUCGACGGCAGCUUCAACAAAACGCCGUUAAUGAUUGGAGUGACAAAAGACGAGUUCUCCUGGUUCCAGGGAAUGAUUGAGCUCGCAGCGGGUCUGACGAUAUCCCAGGAAGCAUAUCCUGCUAUUUUGAGACAUUCCAUUGAGGCGGCCAGCAAAGGUGGGUUCCUGGGAGUGGAAGUCCCGCCUACUGCGUUCGACAGUAUACUGGAACGCUACCCUUUGUCGGACUAUCCGCACCCUGCUCGUGCCGUUGCCGCCGCUAUUGGGGAUGCAGGCAUCAUUGCGACCUCUGGUAGGCGCUCAGCCCGAGUCAUCAAGAAAUUUGUCCCGACCGUUUUUGCGUACGAGUUCGACGUCAAAGAUGCGCCAGUCUCGUGGCCUCAAGUGUCAUUUCAGUACGGCUCUGCUCAUGCCCAAGAGCUUCAAUUCCUAUUCCGAGGCUUUCAUGGAGCGUCUGGUGUUGCGCGGCCGCUCUCCGAAGCGCAGCAGGAACUGUCGUCCCGCAUGGUGUCGUACUGGACCAACUUUGCAAGGACCGGAUCACCGAAUGCAGGCAACACGCAGCCAAUCUUGCCGUUAUGGCCAGAAUAUGAAGCCGCUGAGGACAACAUAAUGCUCCUGGAGGCUCCGCAGCCGCGAAGUGCAUCUGGUUGGGGACAGCGGCACCACAUGGACUUUUGGGAUUCAUUCUACAGGUAG